ACGUAACUUUUGUUAUCAUGUAAUGUUUUGAGUGACUGACAAGUUAGCCGGGGUAACAAUCCCAUGUAGUGCACACGUGUUGAAGAUAUGCUUUUCUAUUAAGACAGUAGCGACUGACAUGCAGGCAACAAACUUAAAAACCUGAGCAGGAUGUCUGUAUUCAUGAAAGACUUCGAGGCGUCCAUGUUGCAUUAAAAGUAUGAGUGGUCAAAGUCCAUCGUCUUCAGCCAAUGGUGGCAUUACUCCACUCCAACAGAUGGUGGCGUCCUGCUCCGGAGCCCUCCUCACAUCUUUGUUCGUCACUCCUUUGGAUGUUGUGAAGAUCAGACUGCAAGCACAGAAAAGUCCCUUCCCUAAAGGGAAAUGCUUUGUCUACUGUAAUGGACUCAUGGACCACAUAUGUGUGUGUGAAAAUGGAAAUUCCAAGGUCUGGUACAAAGCACCCGGUCACUUCAAUGGCACACUGGAUGCCUUUGUCAAGAUAAUUCGACAAGAAGGCAUAAAGUCAUUAUGGAGCGGUUUACCUCCAACACUUGUGAUGGCAAUCCCAGCCACAGUGAUCUACUUCACGUGCUAUGACCAGCUGUGUGCAGUGCUCAGGCUCCGGAUGGGAGACUACUCUCAGGAAGCUCCUCUUGUAGCUGGAGCCACCGCCAGAGUGGGUUCAGCAACAGUGAUCAGCCCUCUGGAGCUGAUCCGCACAAAGCUGCAGUCUCAGAAACAGUCGUACAGGGAGCUGACUGCCUGCAUCCGCUCGGCCGUAGAGACAGAAGGCUGGCUGUCUCUGUGGCGAGGUCUGGGGCCCACGUUGUACAGAGACGUUCCAUUCUCAGCCAUGUACUGGUACAACUACGAAAAGAGCAAGGGCUGGCUGUGUGAACAGUACAACACCAGAGAGCCAACGAUAACCAUUACCUUCCUCUCUGGAGCGCUGUCUGGCUCUAUUGCUUCCAUCAUAACGUUACCUUUUGAUGUUGUCAAAACAAGAAGGCAGGUGGAGCUGGGGGAGCUACAAGCCAAGAAUUUGUCACAUGAGGUGUCCUCCUCCACUUUCAGUGUUAUGAGCAGGAUUGUGGCACAGGAAGGUGUUGGGGGACUGUUUGCAGGUUUCAUCCCCAGGCUGAUCAAAGUGGCUCCAGCCUGCGCCAUCAUGAUCAGCACGUAUGAGUUUGGAAAAGCCUUCUUCCGCAAACACAACCAGGAGAGGAUGCUCAUGCCACUGCAGACCAGCAACACCUGAGAGGUGUCACGUGUCUCCACUUCAACCACGACGAUAACUACUACUUAACUACACCUGGGAGGAAAAGGCUCAUGUUGCCAAUUAAGAAAAUCAGAAAUGGAAGUGAACAAAAUAAUGACCCUCUUGAUCCAUUACUGCAUAAAAAAUAUAUUAGAGGUGACAAAUU